AUGUCCAAGCCGGAGGCAGACUUUGAUAUGGCGAAAGCACUCGCAGAUCUCGCAAAGGGUGAAAUGACUGCCUCCGCCUUGGAGAAUCAUCUCAACGCAAUUGAAAGCAAAGUCGAUGAACUCUUGGCAUCUUUCGAAAAGCAGGGUACUGCUGCAGCGGAGGCUACAUCUGUCGAUGAGACAGACCCAAGUCAACUGGGCACAGAUCAGGAUCAAAAAGCAGAGCCAUCAAAUAGCCCACCCAAGUGA